GCGUUUGCGUUGCCAUCAUCUCCAAAUAAAAUGUUAAAAUUUGGGAUAAUGAACGGACUCGUACGAACCCCAACUGCAUCACCAUGAACAACCAUAAAUUGUUACUAUGGACGCUUAUGUUUUGGCUGCGCUAUUAUUAAUAACAAUUAAUGCUUCAAAAGCCACUUUGAACAACACAAAAUCGAAUAAAAGGACUUCGGCGUUUAUUAAUGGCAACUUUAUUAUCGGAGCUUUAUUUCCAGUACAUCAUCAACCAUCGUCCAAGAAAAAUUAUCUUGCAAGCUUAGACAUCAAAUGCGGCGAAAUUCGCGAACUUUACGGCAUCCAAAGAGUAGAAGUCACGCUGCAAACCAUUGACGAAAUCAACAACAAUCCAGAUUUGUUACCCAAUGUUACUCUGGGUGUUGAAAUAAGAGACGAGUGCUGGUACGCACCUGUAGCUUUACAGCAGAGCAUCGAGCUGAUACGAGACUCGAUUACUCCCGUUUCCAAUACGAAAUUUUGCUCGACAAUGGAAGAGGACGUUGGACAAAGUAAUGGAGAGAACAAAGGGCCGCUGAUUGGGGUUGUAGGGCCUGGUGCCAGUUCAGUGGCAUUGCAAGUUCAGAAUUUGUUGCAGUUGUUUCAUAUACCACAUAUGGGAUAUUCAACAACGUCACGUGAUUUAUCAGACAAAAGUCGUUUCAACUAUUUCCUAAGAGUAGUACCUUCGGAUUAUUAUCAAGCUCAAGUGAUGUUGGAUAUUUUGCGUUAUUUCGGAUGGUCGUACGUGUCGGCUGUAAAUACAGACGAGAAUUACGGACAAUCCGGAAUGCAAGCUUUCAGAGAGUUGGCUGAAGAAGCUGAAGUUUGCAUAGCCAGAGAGGAUUCCGUGCUAAGUAACGCCGCCGAUGAGGUUUUUGAUAAAGUCAUUCUGAACUUGAAACAAGACCCUAACGCCGUUGUCGUGGUUUGUUUUUGCGAAGGACUCACGAUCCGCGGCUUAUUGAAAGCCACGAAAAGAUUAAAUAUGACGAAUUAUUUCUUGUUUAUUGGCAGUGAUGGUUGGGCCGAUCGUAACGACGUAACAAGAAAUUACGAGAACCAAGCCUGGGGUGGCUUGUCAAUCCGAAUCCAUUCGCCCCACGUCGAGUCUUUCGAUAAAUACUACUUAUCGUUACGGCCCGAAUCAAAUACCAGAAAUCCUUGGUUUAAAGAAUUUUGGGAAACGAAGUUCCAAUGUAUUUUGAAAGGCUCCGAAAUAUCGGAUACACUAGAGCGGGAAACGGACGCGACAAUAUUGAGUUCGACUUCCGAUUACUCUUACGACGUUGACGAUUAUUUGAACGUUACAGCCAGCACGUCGGAUGGGAUUAUUUCGAAUUUUUGCACUGGGAACGAAAGAUUGGAAGAGAAUUACAAGCAAGAUGCUAAAUUGAGUUUCGUUAUUAAAGCCUUGUACACCCUGGCUCACGCCUUACAUGACAUGCAACAAGAUAUUUGUGGUAAAAAUUUGGGUGUUUGCGACAAAAUUUUACCUUUUAACGGAUCUCUACUUAAAACAUAUUUAAUGAACGUCUCGUUUGAUUAUGACGGUGAAAUUUUUCAAUUUGACGAAAACGGAGAUCCACCGGGCCGUUACGAUAUAAUGAACUUUCAAAAGCUUCAAGACGGCACUUACGAUUACGUCCAAGUGGGCAGCUGGAAUAAUAGAAGCAUCGUUUGGACGAAAAAUCCGCAAUUUCCCGAAAUAAGGUCCAAGAAAAUUGUUAAAAGUGUUUGCGCCGAGGAUUGUCCCCAGGGUUACUACAAGAAUGUCCAACAAGGCGGCAAAGAUAAGCGAUGUUGUUGGGUUUGUGUUCCGUGUCCGCCUGGUGAAAUAUUGGAAAUUGACGGGGGAAAAUGUAAAAAGUGUCCUAAAGGUUACGCAGCAAAUACUAACAAAACAAUUUGUGAACUACUCCACAUUGAAUACGUCCAAUGGAGCGACCGUUCAGCAAUAGUAGCUAUGGCUUUCUCCUCAUUCGGUCUAGUAACAACAAUUUUCUCCAUAACAGCUUUCAUAAAAUUCAACGACACUCCAGUAGUAAAAUCAUCAACAAGAGAACUAUCCUAUUUAAUCCUAGCAGGAAUGACUCUAGCUCACUUGUCGAUAUUCGCUAUGCUCGCCAAACCGAAACUGUUCACUUGUUCUUUAACAAGAUUCCUACCGGGAGUGGCCUUCGCAAUGAUUUACUCGUCCCUGCUCACCAAAACCAAUAGAAUUGCUAGGAUUUUAGCGGGCAGCAAAAAAAAGUUCCCCAGCCGACGGUUACUGUUCAUGUCAGCUACAGCUCAAGUAAUCAUAGCUCUGUUUCUAAUAAGCAUUGAAUUAGUCGUUGCAGGUGCUAUGCUUUAUAUGCAAAAACCCAACAUAACUUAUUCGUAUUUGCCAAGUAAAACGUUGCUGGAAUGCGAAAUAUCGCUUGAAGCCAUUGUGAUACCGUUAUCGUUUGAUUUUAUUUUGAUCGUCUUGUGUACGCUGUAUGCUGUCAAGACCAGAAAUGUACCGGAAAAUUUUAACGAGGCCAAAUUUAUCGGAUUCGCCAUGUACACUACGUGUGUUAUUUGGAUUGCCUUUGUACCAAUUUAUUUUGGAAGUGGGGCCAAGGCAAUAACAAUGUGCAUGUGUGUCACGCUAAGUGCUCUAGUAACAUGGAUGUUCCUCUUUAUACCCAAACUCUACAUUAUUAUAUUUAAGCCUGACAAAAACAAUAGAGCUUUUUUUACUACCACGAAAAUACGCUGCCAUAUAGGCUCUAAAGUGGCUUCGGCUUGUUCAGAAAAAAGUUCCACGAAUAGUUGGAGGGACAGCAGCGUAUCAGUUACUAAUAUUGACCAAGAAAAAUGCCAAGCCAAAGAAAUUCCCAGAAGAACUUUGUCCUGCCAAACAGGGUUGGAUUUAUUGGAAUACCUUUUGUAUCCUAAAAAGUUGGUUAGCGAUGUAAAGAUAAUUGAGAAAGAUUGUUAUUGUGAUGAUCUUAAUUGCCAAAUGAAACAUAUCACUAUAUUGUUGCCAGACAAUCCAAUUCAAUACAAAUUCUAGGAACAAAUGUAACCAAAUAAAUACUAAAGAUUUUUUUUAUAUGUAUAUUUGGUUGUAUGAGUAGUUUUA